AUGGAGUUUUUCGUGUGUUCCAUCGGUUCGACAUCUAUGACAGGAUCUACAAGCUCGGAGGGCCUAAGGCCCCAGGAAACCUCGCCAAUUCCUACAAGGACAACAUUGUUUUCACACGAUUCAUUCGUGAACGAGGAACGAAGUCAACAUCAUCAGCCUCGUCGGAAGAUGACUCCAUUACCACCACCGACUGGUACACCAAUACAACUGACCCCACUUUGGGAACAUGUGGUUCGAACGAGAAGAUUUCCAACAGAAAUCGAUACACGAUUGAUCUUCGUUGAAAUAUCGGAAAGAUUGCGAGAUCCAGAAUGGGAGGUACGUCAACACGCAGUUCGUGUUUUAAUGGACGUGAUGCCAACAUUAUCCGCAGAAAUUGUCGAUGAGGUAAUGCAACCGGUGGUACCAGAAUUGUUAAAUAAUUUAGGUCAUGCAGCACCGGCCGUACGUAAGGGUGCUUUGGACGCAUUGAGGGUUUACCUCGUACAUUGUUUCGAUAGAGAAAGGAUCGUUAAAAAUAUAUUUCGGGAUGGUUUUAAUCGACGUGAUGCACAGGACGUAUUCCAAACUAAUUUGAUAACAGGAGUUAUAUUAAGUGCACCAUCAUUGUUAUUCCCAUCAUCGAAUACUACACGUCCUAGCAAAGAUAUCAUCAAAUACGUGACAUUUUCUUUGGCAUCCCGUUUGACCCAAGUUACCUAUCAAGAAGCCAUUUUAAAAUCAUUGAUGAAAAUUCGCGAUACGAUUGGCAAAGGUGAAUUCGACGACAUUAUUUCCGGUUACGAUGGCGAAUUGAAAAAACACUUGGAAGUUCUCUGCAAGGUUUACAACGUUAAAUCUAGUAAGAAGAACCACCAAACUAAGUUAGCUUUGGAAAGAAAAGAAAUGAAUAAAUUAGAAGAAGAUAAUGAUGAUGAAGUUGAACCUAAUGAUAGAAUAUGGGAUAGCGAUAGUGAUACAUCCGGUAUUGUUGAGGAAGAAGAUGAAAUUGUUGAUGCAGGAACUGUACCUUCAUCUGCACCACCACCGGCACGCGUGGUAUUGGAAACUGAAAUAAAAUUCAACGAAGAGACUGCAAUAACUAUGACAAUUUUGGAAGAAAAAUCAACGAACGAUAGCGAGGAAGAUGACGAAGCUGAAGAAAGUGGUACAGAUGUUAGAAACGAAACGGAAAUAAUAACCAAUGAACGUAACGAUAAGAGAAAAACGCCAAGACGAGUACACUUUGGUGGUGAAAUUGUUAAAUUGAGAACACCCGAUAGCGAUGAUACCGAAUCGGUUGUAAUAGUUUCUACGAAAACUAGGAUACCCCUACCAGUUUCACCUGCAACAAAAAUGCCAUCUGAACGAUCACGUCGUAGAUCGAUAUCACAACCAAAUAGUCCUCAUUUUGUUAGACGUAAAAUUGAUCAAAGAUUGUCACGAUCACUUUCGAAUAGUCCUAAAAGAGAAUUUUAUACACAUAAUGCUGACCUAAGUCCAAAAAAAGGUAUCCUAACGCGAACCAAUAGUCCACUUUUUCUUAUCGAUUCGAACGAUCGUCAAACUUCGUUGAACGAUAACAAAGAUAAACAUAAUGACAAAUCAAUAGAAACGGUUUUUAAUCGAUCUUUAUCACCAAAAUUAAAUAACGUUGAAUCUAAUCGAUCGUUCGUAGAAAAUCUGAACAAAGAUAAAUCGUUCAACGAUGAUAUACAACGAGAAAAUGAUCAUGGCAAUGAUAAUGUUGAUAAAAAAUUGUUUAGAUCGUUCAGCGUACCAUCUAUGAAAGUUAUUGAAAAUAAUUAUCAAACGAAAGAAUUCAAACAAAAGAUCAAAACUAAAGAUAAAGAUAAUAAAUCGUUUAAUAAUAAUAAUAAUAAUAAUGAUAUGCCUGAAAUGUCAUCGAUGAAAAAUCAAACCAAUAUACGUUUGUCCAAUGAAAAUAUUACUGAUAAUAAUGGAUUUUUAUCUACGUUUGAUACGAAACACGAUAACAGUAUUGUCUCGAGCGAAUUGAAUCAUGGUGACGAUGAAAGAUCUUUGAAAAUUGAUGAAAAGACAAAGGAUAACAUUAAUCAACCAACAAAGUCAGGAUUCAAAUCUAAUGAACGUGAAUCAAUUAAUAUUACACGUAAGAUUCAUAGUUCGAAAACAUUGAAACGUGAUUCACGUGAUUCACGUGAUUCAUGUUUAUCAGUUAACAAAAGUGUUGAUUCGGUGAAUAAAUUGAAUUCGAGGAAAACUUCCAACGAAUCCGACGAAAUACGAUAUAGAAUUAAAACAGGUCAUGAUAAAGGAAAUGGAAACGUUACUUGUGGUGAUGAUGGUGGUGAUAAUGGUGGUGGUGGUGGUGGUGGUGGUGGUGGUGGCACAACACCAAGCAACAACAAGAACGAGGGUAAAUCACAGGAACCAAGUUGGGAAGAAUUGGGAUUGGUUAAUCGUGAAGUUUUGGAUGACUUGCAUAACAAGGAGGAUUGGCGUGCUCGUGUAAGGGGUCUGGAAAGAGUAGCAUCGGCAUUACGAACACCCUCAGCACUAAUCGCGAUAGAACCCCGAUUAGGAUCACUUUUGCAUGCUGUGCUUGGCGGUGAAAGGAGCUGUCGGGUAGCAGCUGCUGGUUUAGCUGUUGCAAAGAUCGUUGUUGCCGGUGUCACGGAAGAUGCACUAAAACGAAGAUUAGGUCAAUUAGCUUGGGGAUUGGCUAGACAAGGUGGGCCUAGUGCUGCUCAACUUGCACGAAUUGCUAUGCUUAGAUUAAAACCAUCGUAUCUUUUGGAACAAUUGUUACAACCACAAUGUCUCGGGGCUAGAAAUGCUAAGACGAGAGAGAACGCAUUGCAAUUGUUGAUCUUCUCAUUCGUCACUUUUCCCAGUACAGAAUUUAAAGUAGAAACCGUGGCGCAUAAAGUUGCACUUAUGGUUGCUGACAGACGUAGAAGAGUAAGACAAGCUGCUUUAGAUGCAUUAGCUGUUUUAGCACAAAUUUACGAACCCGAGGAGGUUUUACGAGCAGGGAAAAGAGCAUCGGCCAGUAGGCACGAUGGUGAGGCUAUGUUUUCAGCUAUAAGAUCUCGUCUAGCUAGAAAAUCAUUGCCUUUGGUAUCUGCCGAUGGUUUGGUAGUUUAUGGUUUACAAAUUUCACCAACCGUACAAAUUGCAACCGGACCAGACGUUGAUUGGAUCGUAGCCGGAAGUGGUUCUGUUUCACCUGGUACAGGACGUAGCAAACGUCAAAUUUCAACUGCCAAACCUGACAGGGGAAAUUUUUUGAGAAAUAAGAAUGCAAAGAAAUAUGGAAGCCCAUGGACAAACAGACAAAAUUUAUUUGCUCGUGGUAUAGCUUUACGUUCUACCAAUGAAAAACCCGUGGUAUGGCAAAUAUUACCACAAAAUCAGGAGAAUACUUUUUCACGUUUAAAUGAUGUUCAUGGUUUGGAAGAACGAAUUGACGAUAUAAAUAAUCACAAUGAUGGUCAUUCACGUAUAACUCGUGAUAAUCAAAAUAUAAAUACAUCGAAUAAAAAUGGAAACAAUAUAAAUGUUAAUCAACGUGAAAUAACAUCACAAAUUAAUUUCAAUGAUAAUGGAAAUAAUAUUAGACCUAUCGUUAAUGAAAAUAACAAUUUUCAAGAUGAUCGUUUGGUUAAACCAUUGUCACAAGAAACAUCUAACAUCAAAAUGGAAUCCAAAAUUCCUAUACUUUAUUCACGAGGAACUUCUAGUACCAAGAUAAACGAUCAAUCAUCUAAUAAUUUAUUGGAUAACAAUUUAGAUCAGUUUAAUUCUAAAUUAAGAAAAAGUAUUCAAUAUAAUUCGGAUAAUAAAAGUAACGUUUUGAAAUUGAGAAGUAAAAAUAUCGGAUUAGAAACAACGUAUCAAAGACGUAAACGUUUUCAACAAGAUGCAGAAAUGUCGCCAAUGACAUCGUUGGAUAGUCAAAUAACAAAUGAAACAUUUAAUUCUCAUAGAAAUAAUUAUCGUCCGUUAUCGUGUACGAUAAAUUCACAAUAUACCGUGGAAAGUAAUCAAAAUAUAUCUAACGAUGUAAACAUUAGAUCGAAAUUUGUAUCUGAAGAACAAUCACGAACAUUAGUCAAGGAAAGAUAUUCAAAGAGUUCUGACGGAUAUUUAAAAUAUUCCAAAAUGAAACCAAUUGAAACAACAUUACCGUCACAGUAUACAUCAACAUUUGAUAAUAAUCAACAUAACAAAUUACCAACUUUUAAAACAUUUGAUACAACAGUUCAACGUCAAUGUCAAUUAACAAAUGGAUCAUCGUUUAAAACAAUGAAUACAACUAAAACAACUGCUACUUCAACUACAACUACGUAUAAGCGUAAUUAUCAAGAUUUGGCCAAUACAAAAGGUGAAGAAACAAUAAUUAAUCAUCAAUCUUACGGACAGUUGAGAAACGAUUGGAAAAUUGACGAGACGACUGAUCAACAAUUUAACGAGACCGACCAAUCAUCAUCGAGUACACGUACGGAUGAUCAUGUGUUUGUAAAUAGUCCCUUCAGAAGACGAAUACGUUCGUUAUCACCAUCGGAAAUUAAUCAUCAAGGUAGAUUCACCGUAAUUGCAUACAACAAUAUUCAAGGAUCUUCUGUUCAUGAUAUUGGAUCGAUAAAUGGAAUAAUGAUAUUUAAAUAUUGCGUGUGGUCUAACGAGACUAAAGAGGAUAAUAAAUUAAACAACAAUAAUAAAAAUAGUGAUGGUGAUAAUGAAUUUAAUUUCGCUGGUACCGUUCUCCGUUGUUGUCCUUGCGUAUUUCGGUGUAGAAGAUCGAUCGGUAUUGGAAACGAUGAUAACGAUGAUAAUGGAUCAAUAUCAACGAUCAUUACUAAUCCUAAUGUUACACCGGUGAUAGCAGUGAGACUACAUAGAAGUACUGAUACAAUAGAUAAAGCACCUGUAAAUGAAGAAAUAUACAACGAUGGACAUAACAAGAAAUAUUAUUCAUCAGAAAAUAAUGUUUAUCCUAGACAAGUUUUAAACAACGAUGAAAUAGUUCACAAAGUAAGAAUAAGAAGUCCUGACAGUACAUCAUCAGAUACAUCGGAUAAUCAUUCGAAACCUAAAAGAAAUGAUAGUAUAUUGAGAUCAUUAUUGGAAAGACGUCAUGAUAAUAAUAAUGAUGAUGAUACAAUUGGUACAUUGAUAUUUCAAAAUGAAAUYAAUGAAAAAGCGUUCGACGUUAUAUCAAAUAAAUCACAGGAAAGAAAUAAUCCUAUCGAUAAUUCCUAUGACUUAACAACAAAAGAAUCGGAUACUUCAACUGAAGUUACAAGUACAUCAAUGGCCGAAGAUGAAAUUUUAAAGGAUUGGAGUAGCGAUGAAGGAAUCAAAUUGAUAAACAAAGAAAAUAUUAUUUUAAAAGAGAGUGAUGAAUCUAAAGAAGAUGAUGAUGAUGAUGAUGAUGAUGAUGACGAUUUUAAUUUCAACAGCGAAAAUUCUGAUACAAUGAACGAUGAUACAAAUGACAUGAGUUCUCGUAAAAAAUCAAACAUUACUAAAAUCGAUGAAGAAAUUAUCAUGAACGAAUUAUCCAUGUCAUCUGGUCAAAAUUCAUUGGAAAUUAAUUUUAAAAUGAACAAAACUUUACCGGACAAUUGGUCAUUUUCAUCAUCACCGGAACAUUCCAAAGUUAUAGUCAAAUCCGAAUUGGAUUAUUCUACACCGAUUGAUGAUUUAGGGUUGUUCGGUUCACCUAGAAGAUUUUCUAAUCGUUCGAGUUUAGAAAAGUUUGAUGAUGAUAACAUCGAUAUAUUAUUGGAAAAUAUAGAAAAGGAAGAAAUGUUUCAUAUUGAUGAACCUAUGAUGAUUAAAAAUGAAGAAAUGAUAUUAUCUGAUAAAUUAGAUAACGUUGAUGAAUCUGUUUCAAAUUUGUUAAAUGAUACUUCGGAUUACGUUGAUAAUUCUAGAAAUGUUGCAUCUAAUUUUGAUUUAGAAAAUAUUUCUAAUGACAUUUCUACGACAAAUAUUGCAUUUACAAAGAUACCUGAUAUUAUUUCGGAAAGUUUUACUAAAUUGGACGAUAUCACGGAUAAUAAUGUCGAAACAAAAGAUAAUAAAGAAAAUAAUGAAACACCUGCUAUCCUUAAAAUAGAACAACAACCUAUAGAAAAUGUAGGAGCCAUUAAAAAAUCAUUACCUAAAUAUGUACUUCGUAAUACGACCAAAUCUAGGAUUAUUUUGAACAAAUCAAACACUAGUAGUAGUCAUCAUCAUCAUCAUCAUCCUUCGAAUAAAACAACGGAUAUGCAGAAAAAUAUUAUGCACAAGUGUUUCGAACAAUUAGAUAAUAAAGACUGGGAGAUAACGAUAAAAGGACUUAAAUCUUUAUCUCAAAUAGCUAAACAACAUCCGGAAUAUUUGGAUAAUAAUAUUGGUGGUACGAUAGCACGAUUAUUGGGUCGUCACAUUAAAAGUCUUCGUUCUCAGGUAGCACGUGCUGCUUGUACAGCUGCUGGUGAUAUUUUUACAUGUCAAAUUCGUAGUAUAGAACAGGAUAUAGAUGAUAUCGUUGGACCAUUGCUUAAUAGAACAGCUGAUACAAAUCGUUUUUUACGAUUUAAUAGUAACGCAGCAUUGGAUCAAAUGAUCGAAUCACUUCCACCCCAUAAAACUAUCGGUGUUAUCGUAUUACGUGGUGCAAAUCAUCAAAAUGCAAUUGUAAGAGCAACCACUGCGAGAUUACUAUCAUCGAUCGUAGAACGUAUUGGUGCUGAACACGCUAUGACGUUACCACGUGAUGUUAGAGAUAAAUUAAUUAAUUCAGCAGCUAAAUUAUUGAUGGAUGGAAAUUUAGAUGCUAGAAACCAUGCAAAGAAGAUUUUUCGACGAUUAAUGAAUUACGAGGGUUUCCAAAAAGCAUUGAACGAUGCUGUACCAGAAAAAACCUUAAGGCACAUCGAUAAAACUUUGAAAUCCCUUUGAAUCAAAUAUUUUAAAUGAACGACGAACGAUGAACGAUUAUUAAAUGGAAAUUAAAAUUUUGCAAUAAUUUCUCUUUCCUAUACGUAAAAAAAAAAAAAAAA